AUGGCCAAAACGCGGAAACGAUUGAUCCUUGCCUGCGACACUUGUCGAUCGCGACGAGUAAAGUGCGACGGACAGCGACCAUAUUGCGCUCCCUGCAGAAUCCGGGGGCUAAACUGCUUCUACCAGCAGCUUCCUGAAAGUCCGGCCACCAAGGUAGAGACUGAACUAGCUAAUGUCAACUUGCGGCUCGACUACCUCACCACGCUGCUAUCGAGGCAGUCCAGGCCACUAGUCCUGCAAGAACCUACCAGCGCAUUGGGCUCCCAUGAGGACUCGCCGUUUCGGCUUCUAGCAACCAACUCGAUUAUGCGCGUGUUUGGUCUCGACGACAACUACGCGCAGCGCCUUAUUCAACUCGAGCGGGCGAAUCUCCUAGUCGGCACGACUACACUCCCGCGUACGUCUUUUAUUCCCCACCAACAGAUCACCGACGCAUUAGCGGCCUUCUCCGACCGCAUCCACAGCUACUAUCCCAUCCUUCCUCUAGACUUUUCAGAGCGGUACUUUUCCACGUUGUCUGAUUCCCUGACCCCAUCCUGUCACACAUGUUUGGUCCUCCUUGUUGCAGCCAUCGGGUGCGUUGCGCAUAACCCCACAACAGGCAGCCAUUACUUUGAAGCUGCUCUUGCGUCGCUGCCAGUCGUCCUUGCGGAGUGCACUGUGACCAGCAUUCAGUGUCUGAUUUUCCUGAGUAUCUAUUACUGCUGCAUCCUCAAGCCAUGUCAGGCCCAUGACUAUUGCCUGAUAGCCUCGUUUAAGAUCCAAAAUCUGUUCAAGAGACUCACAAAGCAAAGCGAACUGAGCGUCCAGCUCGACGUCGCCAAAAGCUCCAUUUGGUCCCUAGACGAAUACAUCCCCCUCCCCAACUGCCAACGCACCUGGCAGUUCCCUCCCCCGCAAACGACAAGCCCUGCCGCCGUCUCCCCCGCAAGCAUCCACUCGACCGACAGCACCAGCACAACAGCCGACCAAGCCAGCUCCUUCUUCCUCGCGGAGAUCGCCAUGCGGCGCAUGCUGCAUCGGUGCAACUCGGCCGUCACGCGCACCGCAGACGGUCGACCCACCUACGCGCCCGGGAUUGCGCUCGAGCUCGAGCGCCAGCUAGACGAGUGGUACGACUACCUACCGGGGAACAUCCGCUUCGCCAAAGAGCCUGGUCCAAGCCAGCAGUCGUACGCGGGGCGGAUCGAGUCGCUCUCGAAUUUCCUCAACGUACAGUACUACUGCUGCAAACUGUCCAUCUACUGGCCGGCCGCCUUCCAGGCGAUUCAGGACGGUGGAGCGAGCAUCCAGCUGCUAGACCAUGUGCAGCGCUUCAUCGACGCGUACGUCCAGCUCCUGCCGCGGAUUGCGUUCGCGGUGAACGACUGUCUGGUUUAUAAGUGGACUUUGUCGGUUAGUCUCUUCACUACUACGAUGGCCGCCCUUAGAGUUGCUGAGGCCCCGUGCUUCGGUGGUGCUAGUCGCGAUCAGCUACGGGAGUGUCUUCCGUCGGCUGCGGCUGUGGACUGGAGAGGGGCAGAGGGGAGCCCAUCGCUGGAGGAGCUGCGACAGACUCUAAGCGCGCGGUUGGGAGAGGCUGGGUAUAGAUAG